AGGGAAGAGGUGGAUGGAUGUAGCGUAAUUUGGUUGGAGAGUAUAGUGAAGAGCGUAGCCAAUGGGGUAGGGUCGAUGAAGACGCCAACGUGGCAGCGAGUGGGGUGCACAGAAAGAGCGUGCACCGCAGAGAAUAAAAGAGUUGAAAAGAAAAUCUAUUACAAGCCACAAAAACUUGUGGCCAAGAAUCGAAACCCCUGCGUGACGUGGCACCCGGCACUCGUUUAAACGGAUCAAAAUCCAACUCCUCCUGCCUCCAUUGCCAACUUAGAUCAAAACCCAAACCUCAAAAAAACCCAACACAUCACUAACUGCCGCCGCAAUCAUUCAUAACAACGUAACAACCGUCUCUCCCGCGUUUUGCACUUCGCUCCUGUCGUUUCGCUUGGGAUCUCCCUCAGAAUGCAGGAAACUAAGGACCCCGCGAUUAAGCUCUUCGGCCAGAAGAUUCCCUUUCCCGGCGGCGCCGACGCUCCGCUCAUUGCCGCUGCUGAAUCUCCCUCGCCGCCGCUGAUGGAUGUCGACGGAGAAGAUGACUUUGACUUUGCUGACUCCGAGGCUGAAGAAGACAAACAUCAGGAUCCUGGCGCUGAAACAAUUAGUGAGAAAACAAAAGAAGUUGAUCCUCCUCCAAAUGGUGGUGAAGACUCUAACAAGAGCCCAGAGGGCAUUCAGAAGCCAAACACACCUUCCAUAGACGAAGAAAGUCAAUCUGCAAAGUCAAAAAGCGAGAACAAGUCAGAGAACGACCCAAACAACAACAACAACAACAAAACACUGAAAAAACCAGACAAGAUCCUCCCGUGUCCACGGUGCAACAGCAUGGACACCAAGUUCUGCUACUACAACAACUACAACGUGAACCAGCCACGCUACUUCUGCAAAGCGUGCCAAAGGUACUGGACCGCGGGUGGCACCAUGAGAAACGUCCCAGUGGGUGCAGGGAGAAGAAAGAACAAGAACUCAGCCUCUCACUACCGCCACAUCACCAUCUCAGAGGCCCUUCAAGCUGCUAGAAUCGAAUCCCCAAAUGUUCCAACUUUGAAAACUAAUGGAAGAGUUCUCAGCUUCGGCUUGGACCCUCCCAUUUGUGAUUCCAUGGCAUCAGUGCUCAACCUCGCGGAGAACAACACAAGAAACGGCUUUCACAAUCACGCCGUGGAGGAUCAGAGAAACAAGGAAGAUGAUUGCUCAAGUGCUUCCUCCAUCACGGUUUCUAAUGAAGAGAGUGGGAAAAGCACGUCGCAGGAAUCUAUAAUGGUGCAAAACAUAAACAGCAACGGUUUCAUUCCUCAUGUUCCGUGUGUUUCAACUGUUCCUUGGCCUUACCCUUGGAACAAUGGUGCACCUGCUUUGUGCCCUCCAGGGUUUCCCAUGUCAUUCUACCCUGCUGCGGCAUUUUGGAACAUUCCAUGGUUUCCCUCACAUUCUCCAACGCUUGGGAAGCACUCGAGGGAGGAUGACGUGGCCAAAGAGGACCCUUUGAGGCAGAGAAACGGGUCUUCUGUUUUGGUGCCAAAAACAUUGAGGAUUGAUGACCCCAGUGAGGCUGCAAAGAGUUCUAUAUGGGCAACGUUGGGGAUCAAGAACGAGUGUGUGAGUGGGGGAGGCAUGUUCAAAGGAUUCCAAUCCAAGAAGGACGAGAAAAACCACGUUGUUGAAACCUCUCCUGUCUUGAGGGCCAACCCUGCAGCCUUGUCUAGAUCCCUAAAUUUUCACGAAAACUCUUGAAUUAGCAAACUUUCUUUGUAUGAGACGGUGACCAUCCUUCAGCAAUGGGUGUUUUUGGAAUGAAGUGAAGGUUGGUAGUCUCGGUUAAUCUACUAGGAGGUGCCAGGUGGGAACUAAUUUUUGUCUUUCAUGUAACACUAUUUCUUUUUUGCUUUUUAUGUUCUUAGUUUGCUGAGUUUGAAGUUGGUGUACAUAUAUAAAUAUAUGUCAAAAUACUACCUAGCGAUGUAAAACCUCUUUCUUUACUCUUUACCAUGUAUAAAAGUUCGGAGGUACUGUAUUUUCUUGUGAAAAUUGGAAAGAGACUUCCUUUGUUUU